AUGGAAGGCAAAUAUUUACAAGUAGGUAAACCUUCAGGGGAUGAUUUUGAUGAUGGAAUGAUAGAUAAAAUAAGUAGAAUCAAAAUUUAAUAUAAUAAACAAAAUAUUGUUGCAAUAGGAAUAUUUUAUGAAUAAAGAUAAAUCUAUAAAUUUCAUAACUUUUGUGUAAAUAGUCUAAGCAAGUUUUAUUUCUAUGUUUGGGAAGAAGAGUUUAUAAUAGAAAAAGAUGAUUGUAAAUAUAAUUUUAUUAUUUAGAUUUAUAGUAAGUAAGUGGUACUUAUGAUGGAACAUACAUCACAUCAAUAUAAUUUCUUACAUAUAAUGGUUAAUCUAUGCAUUUUAAAGCAUCUUGUUUGGGAGAUUAAUUCUUUAUAGAAAAUUAAGGUAUAUUAAUUCAAAUUAUUUUAGGUGAUACAUUUUCUAGUUGUAGUGGUUCAUUUGAUAGAAAUGGUUUAACAUCAUUAGUCUUUAAACAAAUGCCUCUAAAUUGGAAUGAUUUUGAGAGGGUACAAAAUAAAAUUCUCUUAUUAUCUUAUGGUCAUCAUUAUCCUUAGAAAUAUGUUCCUCAAUUUUCAUAAUAUUUAAACUAUCCAUAAAAUUGA